AUGAGUAUUCUUAGUACUGGGUUGGCCUCUGAAAUGAGGAUUUUGGUAUCUCGCCAGCACACUCCAAUGACUAGGGAGGAAAUAGAAUCAUGUUUUUCAAAUUUUUUAAGGCUAAUAGAGAAUAAAAGUGGCGACCAUACAUUUGUCGAAAGCGACAAGAACCGUUUUCUGUAUCAACUCGUUGAUAAUUUUUACGUAUUUGUAAUGACUACAUUGGAUUCGAACAUUAUCGAAGAUUUAAUAGUUCUAAAGACUUUGUGUGAAAUAGUUCAGAAUUUGGUUAAACCUGUUAUUAACGAAGAGAAUAUACUCAAGAAUAUUUUUGAUAUACUUUUCUACAUGGACGAGCUAGUGAGCAAUAAUCAGGGAGAAAACAUGACAUUUGAUCAGAUUAAGGUAUACAUUGAAAUGGACUCGUAUGAAGAAAAGUUGCAUAAAAAGGUUGAAAAGUCAAAGGUAAAAGAGGAGGAGAAGAGGCGCGAGAUGACAUCCAAGAUGGAAAAAAGAAAACAACUUGAUAAACUUUUUAUUGACCCUUCAUAUCCCACUUCUCAUUCAAGUUACCAGGAACCUCCGCCUGUUAUUCAGGAACCUAAAAUUCAAUUACAAAGUCGUAAUAUAUCACAAUACAACACAAUAAAGAAGUUGAAGGAAAAGGAAAUAGCUAAAAUUGUUGAAGGGGAAGCUCCCGUUGUUGUGCAGAUUAUUGAAACCUGUAACGGAAAUCUACACCUUGACGGAGAUGUUGAUUCUCUUAACGUACAGGGGGAACUUGUUACAACAGUGUUUGAGGAGCAAGCACAGUCUGCAUCACUACAAUUCACCUCAAAUAAGGAUAUUAAAAUGAAAUAUCACCCAAUGGUUGACAAAAAGAUGGUUACUAAAUCUAAAAUUGAGCUUCAGAACGGGUUCAACUUGGCUCAGCCUCUCUCAAUUAUUAAGUGGAAAUAUAAACUAUCAGAGGAAGACUUUCCACUCAGUGUUACGUGUUGGCCAAGUGAGGGUACUACUGAGUGCGUUGUAGUGAUAGAAAUAACAAAUAAUUCUAACCUGACCUUUAACGAUCUCACAUUCCAAGUUCUACACUCCAGAUUUGACAACAUAAAAGUAAACUACAAUGAAGGCGGGAAUGUGGAUUCUAACCCCGACUCAUUAGUCUGGGUUGUUCCUACAUUUUCAGAGUCAGACUCAGUAAAGUUAGAGUUCUCUACAACUACAGAUCUCAACAAUAUACUUCCAUUCACACUAGUAGCAAAUUCUCAAGAUCCCUUGUCAAACGUAAAGGUUUUGGAGUGUUACGAUAAAAAUAGUGGUGAGGCAUUGACUUUCUUGACAAACCAACAAGUGUACAAUAGAGAUGAUGUAACAAUCAGACUUCCAUACUACAAAAACCCAAAAAAUAGAUUUAUCAAAAUAGUUGAACAAACAUCGAAUGUAGAAUAUACUCCAAUAGAAAAAUUAUUAGAGAAGGUUAAGGUAAAUUUAUAUUAA